AUGGAUUAUUUUUUAUAUAUAUAUAUUUUUUUAUUUUUUUUUGGUUCCAUUGGUUUUUAUUUUGCAUUUUGUUAUGGUAAAAUCAAAUUAAACAAAUCGAUCAACAAAUGCAUCACCAAAGAAGAGAGUUGGGAAAAAGAGGACAACCAACACGAUGAUUCUGACCAAUUAGAAGAUUUGGUCAAUUCAUUGGGAGGUUUAAGUAUUCAACCAGCUCCAUUGAGUGAAGAAGAAAAGGCCACUGAAGAAUUUCUAAAGGAAUAUAGAAAGUUACAAGAAGAAAUCUUUAUUCUAAUAGAGGGUAGUGUUGCAAGAUCAAUAUUAUACAAUUAUAUUUAUUCCGAUAAUGAAUUAGAUUCCGAUGAUGAUUCCGAUGAUUAUACCUAUCCCGAUGACGAUGAAGAUCUUUCAGAUGAGCAUUUAUUAUAUAAAUUUCUCAUUUGA